UAUGAUGCGCUGAGAGGUUGUCCGCUGCUCGGCGCUUGCACACAACUGUUUAAUGUCUAAAUUCGGCUUCAGGAGCUUACUUGGCACUUUCUGCUGACGAGAAGAGCCAUCGCGACGGUUCACAGUGCGCGGAGUCUGCCUGCAGUCACCACAAGCACUGAUGUAGCAGUGUUGCGACAGUUGUGGUGCUCUCCCUCUACCUCCGGUUCCCAGUGCCUCACUGCAUGACCUCAGACAGCAGAUAGAUCCACGAGGGGAAGCGGCCCCUUCCUCACCCCCGGACCUUUUCCUCUGGACUCCUGACUGCAGCAGCCGUCUCAUCUUUGAGCUCCAGCAGAACAAAACAGCACGAUUUUUCCCCACACGGGAGCUGAACACCUCCACUUGGGUUAGUGGAGGUGUUGAAGAGCUGCCUCCCCCCUCUUUCCUCCUCCUGUUUAUCCUCUUUAAGAUCAUUUUUUCUCCUGGUUGGCUUGAGCCCGGUUCUGCCGGCCGUGUGACUUUUCAAAACUGGGGCGCGAUUCAUGGGAUGCAACCAUGUCGGAUCUCAGUGAGCGCAGGCCGGUCAACACGGACUACGCUGUCUCCCUGCUGGAGCAGCUCAAGUUCUUUUACGAACAGAAAUUACUGACUGACGUUGUGCUGCUGGUGGAGGACACGGAGUUCCCGUGUCACAAGAUGGUCCUGGCCACAUGUAGCUCCUAUUUCAGGGCGAUGUUCAUGAGCGGCCUCAGUGAGAGCAAACAAACUCACGUCCACCUGAGGAACGUGGACCCGGCCACCCUGCAGAUCAUCAUCACCUACGCCUACACGGGCAACCUGGCCAUCAGCGACAGCACCGUGGAGCCGCUCUACGAGACCGCCUGCUUCCUACAGGUGGAGGACGUCUUGCUGCAGUGCAGAGACUACCUGGUGAAGAAGAUAAACGCUGAGAACUGCGUCCGCAUGCUGAGCAUCGGCGACCUGUUCAGCUGCAGCGAGUUAAAGCAGAGCGCCAAACGCAUGGUAGAGCACAAGUUCCCCAUGGUGUACAGACAGGAGGCCUUCCUUCAGCUCUCCCACGAGCUGUUGAUAGAUGUCCUGAGCAGCGACAACCUCAACGUGGAGAAGGAGGAGACGGUGCGCGAGGCGGCCAUGCUGUGGUUGGAGUAUAACAUGGAGGCCCGCUCGCAGCACCUGUCGUCCGUGCUGAGUCAGAUCCGCAUCGAUGCGCUGUCUGAGGUGACGCAACGCGCCUGGUUCCAGGGUCUGCCGCCCAACGACAAGUCCGUGGUGGUGCAGGGUCUUUACAAGUCCAUGCCCAAGUUCUUCAAACCUCGGUUAGGCAUGACGAAGGAGGAGAUGCUGAUCUUCAUGGAGGCCAUGUCAGAAACGCAGGGCGAUGGAUACGUAAUGUCAGGGUCCCUGCCGACGACAGUAGUGUGUUACAGCCCGCAAGCGGAGAAAGUGUACAAGCUCAACAACCCGCCGGGAGACCUGCAGAAGGUGGGCACGCUCGUUACACCAGAUAACGAUGUGUUCAUCGCAGGCGGACAGAUCCCCCUCAAAAACUCUAUCACCAACCACGGCAAGAGCGGAAAGUUACAGGCCGUGUUCCGCUCGGUCGAUAGCUUCUUUUGGUUCGACGCUCAGCAAAACGCCUGGGUGCCCAAAACCCCCAUGCUUUGUGCCCGAAUCAAGCCCUCGCUGGUCUACUGCGAGGGUUACAUCUAUGCAAUAGGGGGAGAUAAUGUCGGAGGCGAGUUGAACAAGCGUACGGUGGAGCGCUACGACUGCGAGAAGGACGAGUGGAGCAUGAUGAGCCCGCUGCCCUUCGCCUGGAACUGGAGCACCUCUGUUGUGGCGCACGACUGCAUCUACGUGAUGACCCAUGACCUGAUGUACUGCUACUUCCCCCGGGCCGACACCUGGGUGGAGAUGGCCAUGCGCAAGACGAGCCGCUGCUUCGCGUCCGCCGCCGCGUUCGGCGACCUCAUUUUCUAUAUUGGCGGCCUCCACGUGGUCAGCAACUCUGGCAUCCGCUUGCCCACGAGCACCAUCGACGGCUCCUCUGUCACCGUGGAGAUUUAUGACGUGAACAAGAACGAGUGGCGCCAGGCCGCCAACAUCCCCGCCAAGCGUUACUCGGACCCAUGCGUUCGGGCGGUGGUGCUGCUCAACUCACUGUGCAUUUUCAUGCGUGAAACCCACAUGAACGAGCGAGCCAAGUAUGCUAUCUAUCAGUACGACAUGGAGCUGGACCGCUGGUAUCUGCGGCAGCCCGUGUCUGAACGCGUGCUCUGGGAUCUGGGUAAGGACUUCCGCUGUGCGGUGGGGAAGCUGUACCCCUCCUGCCUGGAGGAGUCCCCCUGGAAACCCCCAACCUACCUCUUCUCCCCCGACGGAGCCGAGGAGUUCGAGGUUGACGGGGAGCUGGUGACCCUCCCUCACGUAUAGCUCUUAAGCUCCCCUCCCCUACCUCGCUGACUGAACCAGGAAUCUGUAACGCUGAGGGACGAACACGAAGGGGGGGCCAGUGACUUCUCUAAGAUAUGAAAGGGUUUGACGUUAUCUGUGUCGUGGAGGGAUCUCUGGACUUUUGGAGGCUCGCAUUCGUUCCAGCUGCUGCUGGUAAGCGAUGCAGCCUGAAACAAGCUCGAAAAGACGCCCCUCAAAAAUACUAGUAAUCUGAAAAAAAUUUUUCUUAUUUUGUCAGUCGUGACAUCUGUUAGAUAUUAUUACAAGUCUGUCAUACUGUUUCUACAAUGUGAUAAUCUAAACGUCAACUGAUUUUGUGAUGAUGAGGAUGAUGAUGCACUUAACUGGUAAAACCUUCUCGGAAUGACAAUGGCAACUGUACCAAAAUCCCCUAGCCCCCCCUCCUCCGAUCAUAGCUUCCCUCUCUACCCCCACCUCUCCUCUUUUUCUCUUCUCUCACCACUGAUGAAGGAAUACUCUGUAGUAAAUCUGUCAUUUUGAGUAUAAAACAUCACCUGGAGGCUUGAAAAGCUCUCUGUAAAGUUAGUAGUUUGCUCCACGGCGGCGCUCAGCAGUCAUAUUUAGCUUGGACUCAAUGGUGACCCAGUCUCAAAAUGUUCUGUAAAACUUCUCAAAAAGCUUCUCUAGCAGUUUAUGCAGCACAAGACAUAUUUAUAUUUAAAGUUUAAAGGUUUAUAUAGACCCUGGAAGCAAGGUCCAGUUAUUAGAAAUUUGCAGCCGUUUUCACCAACAUCUCAUGGCCUUUAGUGGAUGCACUUUGCCUAGUUGGUAGAGUUGGUUCAGUCGUUAUCACGUGUCAAACUCCAUACGCAGACCCUUAAACGAAGGCCUCGAGAAAUGUCUAAAAGGUCCAGAAAAUUUCCAUUAUGUGGUGCUUUGUCAAACUACUGAUUAAUAAUCAAUAAUGAACUUUUAAGCUGAAUUGUUGUCACGUGAUAAUAAAGGUAUCUCUACAACAAGUGAGAAAACUAUCCACUGAAGGCCACAUUUUGUGGCUGAAAGCUCUGGAAAGUUUUUGGCAAUUGGAUCUUGUGGCAGGAAUAUUUUGUCAAUUAAAAAAAAUAUAUUCUAUAGUCUAUAAAAUGUCAAAAAAAAUCCUUCAUUAUGUUCCCAAAUUUUAAGUUUACAUCUCUGUAAAGCCUGGACAAAAAUGAACUACAUUUUUUUGGUUCAGGAAUAGCAUAAAUGCAAAACUAAAAAACAACAAAUUUGGUUUAAUGAAGAAAAAUA